AUGGUCCUAGACUUGGAACUGUUCCGUGCCGAUAAAGGCGGUGACCCUGAGAAAAUUCGUCAGAAUCAAAUAAAGCGAUUCAAAGAUGUAAGCCUAGUUGAUGAAGUGUCGGAAAACGACAAGCAAUGGAGAAAAUUACGGUUCAGAGCUGAUCACCUGAAUAAAAUCAGAAAUCAAUGCAACAAGGUUGUUGGUGAAAAAAUGAAGAAAAAGGAACCUGUUGGUGAUGAUGACACCAUUCCUGAGAAUGUACUCAAUGAAAUUGAAGAACUUAAUCCAGAUAAGUUACGGGAACUUAAUGUUAAGCAAGUAAAGAAAAUUGCAACCAAACUGGAUGAAAUGAUGAAACAGAACACAGCUGACAUGUUGGUACAGGAGAACCAACGUAACGAAGCAUUGAAAGAGAUUGGUAACUUACUUCACGAGUCAUGUGUCAUCAGUAACGAUGAGGAUGAAAAUGGUAUUGAGCGUUUGGUUGGGGAUACAACUACAAAGAAAAAGUACUCGCAUGUAGAUCUUGUUGUGAUGGUCGAUGGAGUUGAUAAUGAAAGGGGGACAGUCACAGCUGGUGGACGAGGCUACUACUUAAAAGGACCACUUGUGUUUUUGGAACAAGCGUUGAUAAACCAUGCCCUGCAUUUGCUUCAUGACCAAGGUUUUGUACCACUUUACACUCCGUUUUUUAUGCGUAAAGAUGUGAUGCGGGAGGUUGCCCAACUGUCUCAAUUUGAUGAAGAAUUAUACAAGGUAAUAGGUAAAGAGAGUGAAAAGAGUGAUGAUGCUACAAUAGAUGAGAAAUACCUGAUUGCUACUUCUGAACAACCAAUUGCUGCCUUCCACCGAGAUGAGUGGCUUGCUACAGAAUCUUUGCCCCUCCGUUACGCUGGUUACUCAACGUGUUUCCGCCAAGAAGUUGGUUCUCAUGGCCGUGACACUCGUGGAAUCUUCCGAGUCCACCAGUUUGAAAAGGUGGAACAGUUUGUUCUGACUUCUCCUCAUGACAACAAAUCUUGGGAAAUGUUUGAUGAAAUGAUUGCCAAUGCCGAAAACUUCACCAAGUCUCUUGGAAUUCCUUAUCGGAUUGUCAAUAUAGUUUCUGGUGCCCUUAAUAAUGCUGCUGCUAAAAAACUUGACUUAGAAGCAUGGUUUCCAGGAUCUGGGGCAUUCCGUGAAUUGGUCUCCUGCUCAAACUGUACGGACUACCAGGCACGACGUCUCAAAGUGCGCUACGGUCAAACAAAGAAGAUGAACCAGGAGGUUGAAUAUGUACAUAUGCUUAAUGCUACGAUGUGUGCAACAACUCGUGCUAUUUGUGCGAUAUUGGAGAACUUCCAAACAGAAGAUGGUGUGCUUGUUCCUGAAGUAUUACAACCGUUUCUGCCAAAAGCUUACAAAGAGAAAAUUCCUUUUGUGAAACCUGCUCCCAUUGAAGAAAUAGAGAAGAAAAAUCUGUCAAAGAACAUGAAAAAAAUGAACAUAAAAAGCUGAUUUAUUCCCAUUCACCCCUGCUUUGCCGCUUCAUUUUUAUCUGUUGUAGCCAAUCUUUUAAAAAAGGACCACUCCGUGUAUAAUUUGUUGAAUUCAAUAAACAAACACAAACAUUGA